CUGGGUCUCCUCCUCCAAAGUGGCCCUUUAUCCUCCCGCCCCUCCUUCCCCUCCCCAGUCCCUCACCCCCGUCUACUUGUCUUCGAAGUCCUCCGGAGGCCGUCGGGGUGGGGAAGGUGCUGGAAGAGGUGGGUCUCACCAGGCCGGGCCAAGAGCUUCUGUUAGGGCCCUGGGGGGGGGAGGUCGGAGGGCACAGGCGAGGAGGUGAGUGCCCACCGUAGAGGGUGGAGGCGGCACGACGCGGCCAGGGUGUGAGGACCCCACCGCCCAUCUUAGGAUGUUGGAGGAACGGCGGGGAGCACUUGGAUGCAAGUUCAGGGCUCAGGAGAAGUUGGGAGAAGAGGAAGUGAAAGGGAAGGGGACGCACCCGGAGCCGUGGUGCGCAUCCUCGGCGCGGCGGCGGCGGCGGCGGGAGCUCCCGGCCUCCUUCCCUGCCAGCCCCCCUGCCUCUUUGAGCCUCACCCUCCUCGUGUCCGAGGAGAGGGUCUGACAGGGGUGGUGUUAAGGGUCCUUCCGACCUCCCCAGCGCGGUGCUUCCGUUAUGGCAGGAUUCAAACCCUGCUGCGUGCUCCCGCUUCUCUUUGGGCUGUGGGCACAAGUGGGUGUGUGCGGGCGUGCGGGCUUAUCCUCCAUUCAACAAGUGCCGGGCCCUGUGCCGGCCUCUGGUAGCUGUCAUUCUCCCACCCACCCGCUCCUUCCUGGGCCCGGCCUUGGGCUCUGUGUGAGCCCGCGGAUUCACAUGGAGCUGGGGUGUGACAAGUUGUACGAUGAGCUGCCCCCCUACCCAGGCAUCGUGGACAGCACUGCAGCCCUGGCUGGCUUCCCGGAGGCAGUGCCCUCAGCACCAAGAGCCCCUGGGCCCUAUGGCCCCCACCGGCCUCCCCCACCCCCGCCCGCAGGCUUGGACAGCGAUGGCCUGAGGAGAGAGAAGGAUGAGAUCUAUGGACACCCGCUCUUCCCACUGCUGGCCCUGGUCUUUAAGAAAUGUGAACUGGCCACGUGCUCGCCCCGCGAUGGGGCUGGGGCCACGCUGGGGACACCCCAGGGCAGUGACGUCUGCUCCUCCGAUUCCUUCAAUGAGGACAUCGCUGCCUUUGCCAAGCAGGUCCGCUCCGAGAGGCCCCUUUUCUCCUCCAACCCAGAGCUGGACAAUCUGAUGAUACAGGCUAUUCAGGUGCUCCGGUUCCACCUGCUGGAGCUGGAGAAGGUCCACGACCUGUGCGACAACUUCUGUCACCGCUACAUCACCUGCCUCAAGGGAAAGAUGCCCAUCGAUCUGGUCAUCGAGGAUCGGGAUGGCGGCUGCAGGGAGGAUCUCGAGGACUACCCGGCCUCCUGCCCCAGCCUCCCAGAUCAGAAUAAUACCUGGAUUAGAGACCAGGAGGACGGUGGGUCUGUGCAUCUGGGGACCCCAGGGCCAUCCAGCGGGGGCCUGGCCUCCCAGAGUGGGGACAACAGCAGUGAUCAAGGAGACGGACUGGAUGCCAGCGUGGCCUCCCCUAGCUCCGGGGGAGAGGACGAGGAGCUGGACCAGGAGCGGCGGAGGGGCAAGAAGAGGGGGAUCUUCCCCAAGGUGGCCACCAACCUCAUGAGAGCCUGGCUCUUCCAGCACCUCUCGCAUCCGUACCCCUCGGAGGAGCAGAAGAAACAGCUGGCCCAGGACACAGGGCUCACCAUCCUGCAAGUCAACAACUGGUUCAUUAACGCUCGGAGACGCAUCGUGCAGCCAAUGAUCGAUCAAUCCAACCGCACAGGACAGGGUGCAGCCUUCAGCCCAGAGGGCCAGCCCGUGGCGGGCUACACGGAGUCUCAGCCGCAUGUGACUGUCAGGCCACCAGGAUCGAUGGGGAUGAGUUUAAACAUAGAAGGAGAAUGGCAUUAUCUAUAGAGGCUAAAUUCAGGAGAUGUACCCCAGCCUCCAGACUGGGACCACCAGGGCCACACCUGGUCCCGGUCCCUGCCUGGCCCUCUGGCCUCAGGACCCCACCUCCUAAGGCCCCCCAACUCACUGCCUACCUCCCUGGGGCCCCACCGGAACAUGGAGGGCCUGAGUGCCCACUUGAGGGUCUCUCAAGGACAAAGACAAAGCCUGCAGGCUCUGUGCCCCACUUCCGCUUCACCUCCGCCUGGGACCUGAACUGAUGAGAUCCAGGGCUUGGGUCUUCAGAAGGAGGUGGCCAGGGUCCUCCGCUUCCAGGACUAAGAGGGGGUUGGAGGCCGACUGGGACCAUCAGGGAAGGAGGGCCACCCGGAUCCGACGUCGUGGAGAGGUCCCCUUCAUCCUCCCAGCCCACCACCCUUCUCUCUCCCCCUACCUCCCUUCUCUGAUAUCUUCUACUUUUUUUUAAAUGAUAAAGUCUUAAA